GGGCGGGGGAGGGGGCAGCGCCUCCGCCUCCUCCCGGGGAGGGGUGGCGGGAAGCAGCCAACCCGCCCCCCGACUGGCGGGAGACUUUAAGUGGGCUGGAGCAGCCGAGAGCUCCGUGUGCUCCCGCUCGGCGCCAUGUCCACCCCUGCAAAGCGGCACUGCCACAGCCUCGCCGGUUCCCUCGACUCCAGCUUCCAGAAGCGCCUCAGGAAGAUUUCCAUUGAGGGGAACAUCGCUGCAGGGAAAUCAACAUUUGUCAGGCUCCUAGAGCAGCACAGUGAUGAGUGGGAGAUCAUCCCAGAACCCAUCGCCAAGUGGUGCAACAUCCAGACAGUCGAGGAUGAAUGUGAGGAACUCUCAACAUCUCAGAAGAGUGGAGGAAAUCUACUUCAAAUGCUCUAUGAUAAACCCUCAAGAUGGGCUUACACAUUUCAGACUUAUGCUUGCUUAAGUAGAGUAAGAGCACAGUUAAAACCUCUCUCAGCCAAGCUACGGGAAGCUGAACAUCCAGUGCAAUUUUUUGAGAGAUCUGUGUACAGUGACAGAUAUGUAUUUGCAUCUAACCUGUUUGAGUCUGGAAACAUUAAUGAAACAGAGUGGGCUAUUUACCAGGACUGGCACACAUGGCUUUUGAAUCAGUUUGAAUCAGAUCUAGAACUGGAUGGCAUGAUCUACCUAAGAACCACACCUCAGAAAUGCAUGGAAAGGCUACAGAUGAGGGGAAGAGAAGAAGAGCAAGGAAUUGAACUUGAGUAUUUGGAAAAUCUCCACUACAAACAUGAAGCCUGGCUUCAUGAAAGGACUAUGAGAGUUGAUUUUGAGAACCUUAAAGAAAUUCCCAUUCUAGUUCUGGAUGUGAGUGAAGAUUUUAAGAAUGAUAAGAUUAAACAGGAGUACUUGAUCAGUAAGGUUAAAUCUUUCCUGACUUCUUAAGAGGAUGAAAAUUAAUGUGAAUUGACAAAUCCCUAUAUUUCAGAAGUUAAACCUAACAACGUGUGUUCCCUGACAAUACUAAGCCUGUAUAGCUUUUUAAGGCAAGACUGAAAUGCAAAAUAUGGUUUGGGGGUUUUUCGUUUGUUAUUUUGCUUUUCUCACCUGUAUGGGUUUUGCUAUAUUUCAUAUAGUUAAACUGAACGACUUUGGGGUUCUUUGAUAACUUUGUGUAUAUUCU